CAAUAGCUCGUCACACCCCUCGUGCAUCUGCACUCUUCAAGAGCCUCGCAUCACCCACCGAGGCUCCCACAAAGGCCAUGUUCUCCAAAUCGCUCGCCCGCGCUGCGAACCGCACAUGCGCUGCAGUCGCCAGUCCGGGCAGCUCUUCGACUACCGCCGUUCAGCGAACGACACAGUGCUUAGCCGCUCGCCAACAACCGCAUCAGCGCAGGCCGUCCAGCAGCAGCAGUAAGGCGUCAUCAUGCCCUCCGGAGAACGCUGCGAGCGAUGGCAAACCAGCACCAGCUGCAAAGCCCGUCGCGGAGGAGAAGGCGGUCAUGACAGAGCCGGCAUCGCAGCAGCGAGGGAAUAAGAAAGUCACCCGGGCAAAGCGUUCGCGGACUACCGCAGUGCCCGAUAAGCAGGAGGAUCAGUUUGCGGGAUUGCCUGCCGUGCCUGGAAUGCACAUGCAGUAUCCAGAAUUCUCCGUAUCCAACUUCUUCUCGUUGCAUCGACCACUCUCCUUAGGAUCCACAAUACCGCCUCCAUCGAGCACCGAAGCCUUUGACCGGAUAUUCGAGUCUCGAAAACCGCGAGAUCCAUGGGAGAAUGGGAAUUCAGCAGAAGGAAGGCCAGAAGAUGUUGUGUACGCACUGCGCCAUCAAUUCGAGGACAUGGAGAUCAAAACAGGGCAGACAGAAGAGGACGGCGUGCGAUGGGAAGUCAUGCAGGAACAGUCAGGGCAGCACGACGGUGUGAAGCAUCUUGACGGACCGCCACGAUUGAAGACAUUGGACGAGAUGGUCGCCCAGUUUCGGCCAUUUGAGGCACCUCCUCCGCCACAGCCCUUUCCCGAGGAAGUGAAAGCUGUGGAGAAGAAGAAGGCCUCCAAACCAAAACAGAAGCAUUACGCCACCACGAUCUUCCUUACGGAGUCUACCAGCGAGACAGGGCAGACGACAUAUACCGCAUCUACAUCACCCAUCGUCCGCAUUCCGGAAUCACAGGCCGUAGUUGAAGAGCCUGCGCAGGAAAGCAACCGCAGCGGCUUCCGAGAACGUAUGCAGCGCAACCAGAGAGCAUACUUCCUCCGCCAACAAGAGAAGAUGACAGCCAGACCAAUGGGACAAUCUUUCAUCCGAAAUGCUCCCAGUGCAUCUAGGCUCAAUCGCAUGCUUCUGAUUUCUGUCAAGCGCCAGCGAAAGUUGAAGAUGAAGAAGCACAAGUAUAAGAAGCUUAUGAAGCGGACAAGGAACUUGAGACGGAGACAGGAUCGUGCUUAAUGAGGGAGGCUUGUUUGUCGAGGCAGUGGUAUAUCGGAGUAUUGCACUUUCGAAUGCAUCGCGAUAUCCUUUUCCCGGCAAUGGGAAUACCUUGCCGGAAGAGGUAGAGCUCCGUCGAUAGAUCUCGGUUUGCUUUUACAUGUUAGACGUUGAUUCGCGCUGCAUAGGUGAAGGCGUUCUUUCGGCAUGCCUGAGCAGAGGCAGCGACAAUGGCAGCGGGUUAUCUCUACUUGCUCAGGUAGAUCGGCGCUAGACAGAUGGAGCGAAUUGCACAAUUCAUUGAGUGAUUUACUU